CGGAGUCAGGGCACUAAAAUAAACUCCCCGAAAUAAACGGUCCAGCCAUCCCCAGUCCGGGGUUGCGGUGUGAAAGAAAACAGCACGAGCGAACAAGCUUUACACCACGGGGAACAGUGUUCGCGGGAAGUGUCGCGGGCACAGCUCGUUUCCUUCCAGGCCCCUCAGCGACGAAUCUUAAUCAAGAAUUUUAUCCAGCAAGUUCAGUGACAGCAAUGUCCUCCUUCAGGCACCGACACCUAUACACAUUUCACAAUUUUUGGGACUAUAACAAAGAUGGCAUUCUUACCUGGGAUGAUUUCAACAUUAUUGCAGAGAACUACACCAAGCUGCAACGCCGCGGCAAGCUAGAGAAGGAAGUCUACGAGCGUUGGAAAUCCAUUCUCGAAAGAUGGUGGAAUGAGCUCACUGAGCACGCGGAUUUUAAUAAGGACCGAAUCGUGGAGUUCGACGAGUGGCUCAAGUUUUUCACAAACCUCGGCAAGAGUACCAAAAAUGCUCAGGAGUUGCCCGACUUCCUGCAGAAAUAUCUCCACCUUCUAUUUCUCAUCAUGGAUUCGAACAAGGAUGGGCUUGUGUGCGCAAAGGACUAUAAGAAAUACCUCAAAACGCACAACAUGGACAUCACAAGGGCAGACGAAUGCUUCAACCAAAUGCUGAACGAAGAGGAUAUUGCCAAUGGGAAUGCCAUGUCAUCGGAUAGUUUCAAGGCCAAUGUGUACGACUACUGGGUGUCCCAGGAACAAGAUUGCAAGGGCAGAUACAUCUGCGGGCCCUAUGAUUCAGCCAGUGCUGAAGAGCUCGAAAGAAAAAACAAGAAGAAACCUCUUUAAAACUGACUUCCAUGUGUCUUCUACGUCAGCCCUCAUCUCGUACAGCAAGCUGUGAACUCUAUUCCUUCAAUGUGAGUGUAUGUACGUACUUUGACAGCCACUGCAUAGUAUAUGUGCCCAUUUUGUUUCACUAUUUUCAGCGACAUGCACUCUCUGUGUCUGUACUCAUGUAAAAAAAAAGUUUAGCAAAGCUUGGCCCAUUCUUUAUUAACUUAAUUUGUGCAGGCAUGUCCAGUGUUGCCAAACGUUUUAUAAGCAAUGCAAGUAAAUACAUUUAUGACAUGAGCAGAAAUAAAGAUGUGAACAGCUGUGCACUGCC